UGUCCAGGGAAAUGUUGACAAGCUGGAAGGUGUCCAGAGGAGGGCGACUAAAAUGAUCAAGGGUCUGGAGAACAAACCCUACGAGGAGCGGCUGAAAGAGCAGGGCAUGUUUAGCCUGCAGAAGAGAAGGGUGAGAGGAGACAUGAUAAAAGGUAAAGGUAUGACUUUUUACCUAGUCAUAAUUAGGAGAGAGCAAGCUUGUUUUCUGCUGCCCUGGAGACUAGGGCACGGAACAAUGGCUUCAAACUACAAGAAAGGAGAUUCCACCUGAAUAUUAGGAAGAACUUCCUCACUGUGAGAGAGAGCUGUUCAGCAGUGGAACUCUCUGCGGCUGAGUGUGGUGGAGGCUCCUCCUUUGGAGGCUUUUAAGCAGAGGCUGGAUGGCCACCUGGGGGGGUGCUUUGAAUGAGAUUUUCCUUUUCGUGGCAGGGGGUUGAACUGGAUGGCCCAUGAGGUCUCUUCCAACUCUACGAUUCUAUGGUUUUAAGCAGAGGCUGGAUGCGAUUUGAAUGCGGUUUUCCUGCUUCUCAGCAGGGGUUGGACUGGAUGGCCCAUGAGGUCUCUUCCAACUCUAGGAUUCUAUGAUUGUGUGAGUGAGCGCGGCUUGCUGAGCAGCCUCCAGACCAGAGUUGCAAUUGCAAAGGGGGCAAGAAGAGGAGCGAGGAAAAGGAGGAGGAGGGGAGGGGAGCAGAGAGCAGAGCGAGAGGCAGCCAGAGAAGCAGCGGCAGCAGCAGCCUCCAGGAGAGCGGAGGAGAAGAAGAGGGAAGAAGAAGAGCCGGCGAGAGGAGAAAGGAGUAGGAGAAAGCAAGCAAGCAAGCGGCGGCUCUGGCUCUCCGUGCGAAUGCCGCGGACUCUUCUCUCCCACUUUCCCGCCUCCGGGGGAGCCGGACCCGUCUGUACAGCUUGGGUUUUGGAUUAAAUCCGGCGCCCGAGAGGCGAGCGACAAAAGCAGCAGCAGCAGGAGCAGGAGGAGAAGAAGAAGAAGGGAGAAGCAGGAGAGAGAGGAAGCCAAGGCGGCGGUGGCAGCACUUGCAAGAGGAGGGAAAGAAGGAGACGAAAAAGGCGGCAGGAAUCACAACAAUAAUAGUAACAAUCCCGCUGAGACGAAGGACUUGGUCAGCGGCGGCGUUGAGGCUGCUGCUGCUACUGGGAAUAAAGGGCUGCCAGCAUGACCAGAGGAAAGAGGUGGACUCCUUUCUUGGCAAAGAGAGGUAUAUGGCUCCACACAGCUGGACUGCCCUCCAGAUUUGGCACCUGGGGAGGGGUCUGCUUUCAGGAGCUCAGCGUGGGCGAACACCACCCCAAAAUGCUUUGAAAAUUCUUCAUCUGGAAUUUCAGAUUGAAGAGUCUCGCAGUGGCUUCUAAGCCAGUGACCGAAGCCGCCAAAGCAUGCUGGUGCCAAGCUGUCGGAUGAUGCAUAUAGCCAGGCCAGUAGUAGUGCUCCUGUGCUUCUUACUCUCUGCUGAUGCUGAAACACCACCAAAGUUUACAAGAGCACCCGUUGACCAGACAGGGGUCUCUGGGGGAGUCGCAUCCUUCAUCUGCCAAGCUACAGGAGACCCAAGGCCUAAAAUUGUCUGGAACAAAAAGGGCAAGAAAGUCAGCAAUCAGAGAUUUGAGGUAAUAGAGUUCGAUGAUGGGUCUGGAUCAGUUCUCAGAAUACAACCACUACGAACUCCACGAGAUGAAGCUAUUUAUGAAUGUGUUGCUUCUAACAGUGUUGGUGAAAUAAGUGUGCCCACAAGACUCACUGUGUUGCGUGAGGAUCAAAUUCCACGUGGUUUCCCCACCAUUGAUAUGGGACCACAGUUAAAGGUGGUUGAACGCACUCGAACAGCCACUAUGCUAUGUGCAGCCAGCGGAAAUCCUGAUCCUGAAAUAACAUGGUUCAAAGAUUUUUUACCUGUGGAUACAAGCAACAAUGGACGCAUCAAACAAUUACGAUCAGAAUCUAUUGGUGGUACACCAAUAAGAGGUGCCCUCCAAAUCGAAUCGAGUGAAGAAUCUGACCAAGGCAAAUAUGAGUGUGUUGCAACCAACAGUGCGGGUACACGAUAUUCUGCCCCUGCCAAUCUAUAUGUCAGAGAGCUGCGAGAAGUUCGGCGGGUCCCACCAAGAUUCUCAAUUCCUCCCACCAACCAUGAAAUCAUGCCUGGAGGGAGUGUCAAUAUUACCUGUGUUGCUGUCGGUUCACCAAUGCCAUAUGUGAAAUGGAUGCUUGGGGCUGAAGAUCUGACACCAGAAGAUGAUAUGCCAAUUGGACGAAAUGUCCUAGAGCUCAAUGAUGUCAGGCAGUCUGCCAAUUAUACCUGUGUGGCCAUGUCUACUCUUGGCGUUAUAGAAGCAAUAGCUCAGAUAACUGUAAAGGCCUUACCUAAACCUCCAGGAACUCCUGUUGUGACAGAAACCACAGCAACAAGCAUUACUUUGACUUGGGAUUCUGGAAACCCCGAACCUGUAUCUUAUUACAUAAUCCAACAUAAACCUAAAAUCUCUGAGGAACUGUAUAAAGAAAUUGAUGGAGUAGCUACAACACGAUACAGCGUCGCUGGCUUAAGCCCGUAUUCUGAGUAUGAAUUCAGAGUGGUUGCUGUCAAUAACAUCGGGAGGGGUCCUCCCAGUGAACCUGUUUCUACACGGACCUCAGAACAAGCACCGUCUAGUGCACCACGGAAUGUACAAGCUCGUAUGUUGAGCUCAACCACCAUUUUGGUGCAGUGGGAGGAACCUGAGGAACCAAAUGGCCAAAUACAAGGUUAUAGAGUUUAUUACACCAUGGACCCCUCUCAACAUGUCAAUAGUUGGUUGAAGCAUAAUGUGGCUGACAGCCAUAUCACCACCAUUGGGAAUCUAAUACCACAGAAAACGUACUCUGUAAAAGUACUUGCUUUUACCUCCGUUGGGGAUGGACCACUUUCUAGUGAUAUUCAAGUCAUUACUCAGACAGGAGUACCUGGACAGCCAUUGAAUUUCAAAGCUGAACCUGAGUCUGAAACAAGCAUAUUGCUUUCUUGGACCCCGCCACGAUCUGACACAAUCUCCAACUAUGAUCUUGUUUUCAAAGAUGGAGAGCAUGGUGAAGAGCAGCGAAUUUCUAUUGAUCCAGCUACAUCUUACCACUUGCAAGGCCUAAAACCAAAUAGUUUGUAUUACUUCCGUCUGUCAGCACGUUCUCCUCAAGGCCUUGGUGCAUCAACAGCAGAAAUCUCAGCUAGAACAAUGCAGUCAAAGCCAUCAGCUCCUCCUCAAGACAUUAGUUGCAACAGCCCCAGCUCCACUAGUAUUUUGGUAAGUUGGCAGCCUCCUCCAGUGGAAAAACAGAAUGGAAUUAUCACUGCCUACUCCAUCAAGUACACUGGAAUUGAUGGAGAAGAGGACAAGCCCCAUGAAAUUUUGGGAAUUGCUCCGGACACUACACAGUACCUUUUGGAACAGUUGGAAAAAUGGACUGAAUAUCGGAUUUCUGUGACAGCCCACACUGAUGUCGGACCUGGCCCAGAGAGUGAAUCUGUAUUGAUUCGGACAGAUGAAGAUGUUCCUAGUGGUCCUCCUCGCAAAGUCGAGGUGGAGGCUGUCAACUCUACAUCUGUUAAAGUGUCAUGGCGUUCACCAGUGCCCAAUAAACAGCAUGGUCAAAUUCGAGGAUACCAGGUGCAUUAUGUGAAAAUGGAAAAUGGAGAACCUAGGGGACAACCCAUGCUGAAGGAUAUCAUGUUGGCUGAUGCACAGUGGGAAUAUGAUGAUACUACCGAACAUGAAAUGGUUAUAUCUGGGCUACAGCCUGAAACAACAUACUCACUCACUGUUACAGCCUAUACAACCAAAGGAGAUGGAGCACGAAGCAAGCCCAGACUAGUAUCUACUACUGGUGCAGUUCCAGGAAAACCACGGCUUGUAAUUAGCCACACACAAAUGAGUACGGCUCUCAUUCAGUGGCACCCACCUAUCGACACAUAUGGUCCCCUGCAGGGAUACCGCCUGAGGUUUGGCCGCAAGGACACCGAUGUGUUGACAACAAGGGAUUUUACCGACAAAGAUGACCACUACACAGCAACAGAUAUUCACAAAGGGACUUCUUAUAUCUUCAAGCUCUCAGCUAGAAAUAAAGUGGGAUUUGGGGAGGAGAUGGUAAAAGAAAUUUCAAUUCCAGAAGAUCUACCAAGCGGAUUUCCUCAAAACCUGCAUUCGGAAAGUGCCACCUCAACUUCAGUCCACCUCACUUGGCAACCACCCAUCUUAUCAGAGAGAAAUGGUAUUAUCACCAAAUAUACUCUGCAGUACAGGGACAUCAAUGUGGUCCAUCACCCAACAGAGGUCCCUGUUUCACCUCCUGAUACCAUUAUGACACUCUCGGGCUUAAAACCAGAUACCACAUAUGAUGUAAAAAUACGUGCACACACAAGCAAAGGGCCCGGUCCAUAUAGUCCCAGUGUCCAAUUCAGGACACUACCUGUGGAUCAAGCAGUGUUUGCAAAAAAUUUUCAUGUUAAAGCAGUGAUGAAGACAUCAGUCUUGCUCUCUUGGGAGAUACCAGAGAAUUACAACUCUGCCCUACCUUUCAAAAUCCUUUACGAUGAUGGAAAAAUGGCAGUUGAAGUGGAUGGUCGAGCCACUCAGAAACUUAUCACCAAUUUGAAGCCUGAGACAUCUUAUUCAUUUGUGCUAACCAAUAGAGGGAACAGUGCUGGAGGUCUUCAACACCGUGUAACAGCAAAAACGGCACCAGAUGUUCUGCGUACCCAACCCCUCUUCAUUGAUAAGACCAAUCUUGACGGAAUGAUAACAGUGAAACUACCGGAAGUACCUGCAAACAAAUCCAUAAAAGGUUACUAUAUAGUAAUUGUGCCUUUGAUAAAGAAGUCUGAUGGGAAAUUCAUGAAACCACGAGAGAGCCCAGAUGAGAUGGAAUUAGAUGAGCUGCUUAAGGAGAUAGCACGGAAACGCAGAAGCAUUCGUUUGGGAAGAGAAGUGGAUUUAAAGCCAUAUAUUGCAGCACACUUUGAAGUUCUUCCUACUGAGUUCACCCUGGGGGAUAAGAAACUGUAUGGUGGAUUUGAGAACAAGCAGCUCCAGAAUGGCCAGGAAUAUGUUGUUUUUAUUUUAGCUGUUAUGGAACACUCAGAAUCUACUAUGUAUGCAACCAGCCCAUAUUCUGAAACAGUUGUGUCAGUGGAUCUUAAUCCCCAGCCAAUUACAGAAGAAGAAGAAGGCUUGAUUUGGGUUGUAGGACCAGUUCUUGCUGUUGUUUUUAUCAUCUGUAUUGUCAUAGCCAUAUUACUUUAUAAAAGCAGUAAACCCGACAGGAAAAGGGCAGAGACGGACUCUAGAAAGAGCAGUAUACCCAAUAACAAGGAGAUUCCUUCCCAUCAUCCCACAGAUCCAGUUGAGCUACGACGCCUUAAUUUUCAGACUCCAGCUUUGAGCAGUAAUUCAGUCCCCUACGCCUCCCUGAUUGGCUCUGUGUCCUCCCUCUCUAGCCAAACUACCACUCAGUCCUUAUAUGAUAAUAACUCUCUCCCACGAUUCGCUCGAAAAGGUAUGGCUAGUCAUCCACCAAUCCCUAUUUUGGAACUUGCAGAUCACAUUGAGAGGUUGAAGGCCAAUGACAACUUGAAAUUUUCCCAAGAGUAUGAGUCAAUUGACCCAGGCCAGCAAUUCACAUGGGAACAUUCGAACUUGGAAGUAAAUAAACCAAAGAAUAGAUAUGCAAAUGUUAUUGCUUAUGACCAUUCACGAGUUCUUCUAACGGCAAUAGAAGGCAUACCUGGCAGCGAUUACAUAAAUUCUAACUACAUAGAUGGUUACAGAAAACAGAACGCCUAUAUAGCAACGCAAGGAUCUCUCCCGGAAACCUUUGGGGAUUUCUGGAGAAUGAUAUGGGAACAAAGGGGUGCAACUGUUGUCAUGAUGACCAAAUUGGAAGAAAGGUCAAGGGUCAAAUGUGAUCAGUAUUGGCCAAGCAGAGGAACUGAAACAUACGGACUGAUCCAGGUGACCUUGCUGGACACAGUAGAAUUGGCUACGUACUGUGUCAGAACAUUUGCACUUUACAAGAAUGGAUCAAGUGAAAAGAGAGAAGUAAGACAGUUCCAGUUCACUGCAUGGCCUGAUCAUGGAGUUCCAGAACAUCCUACACCAUUCCUAGCUUUCUUACGACGAGUCAAAACCUGUAAUCCUCCUGAUGCUGGACCAAUGGUUGUUCAUUGCAGUGCUGGAGUUGGCAGGACCGGCUGUUUCAUUGUAAUAGAUGCCAUGCUAGAGAGAAUAAAGCAUGAAAAGACUGUAGAUAUUUAUGGCCAUGUAACGCUAAUGAGAGCCCAAAGGAAUUACAUGGUUCAAACAGAGGACCAAUACAUCUUUAUCCAUGAUGCACUGCUUGAAGCAGUGACAUGUGGAAAUACCGAAGUGCCAGCCAGAAACCUGUAUGCAUAUAUUCAGAAGCUGACACAGAUAGAAGCAGGAGAGAAUGUCACAGGAAUGGAACUGGAAUUUAAGCGGCUAGCCAGCUCUAAAGCCCACACUUCAAGAUUCAUCAGUGCCAAUCUUCCAUGUAAUAAAUUUAAAAAUCGCCUUGUUAAUAUUAUGCCAUAUGAAUCCACGAGGAUAUGUUUGCAGCCUAUCCGAGGGGUAGAAGGCUCUGAUUAUAUCAAUGCCAGUUUUAUCGAUGGAUACAGGCAACAAAAAGCUUAUAUAGCUACACAGGGACCUUUGGCAGAAACAACAGAAGAUUUCUGGAGAAUGCUUUGGGAGCAUAAUUCUACCAUUGUAGUCAUGCUUACUAAGUUACGAGAAAUGGGCAGAGAGAAAUGUCACCAGUAUUGGCCAGCAGAGCGAUCAGCCAGGUAUCAGUACUUUGUGGUGGAUCCCAUGGCAGAGUACAACAUGCCACAGUAUAUCCUAAGAGAAUUCAAGGUCACCGAUGCCAGGGAUGGCCAGUCCAGAACAGUAAGGCAGUUCCAGUUCACUGACUGGCCUGAACAAGGAGUGCCAAAGUCGGGAGAAGGGUUCAUUGACUUCAUAGGCCAAGUUCAUAAAACAAAGGAGCAGUUCGGACAGGAUGGGCCAAUCUCAGUUCACUGUAGUGCGGGUGUUGGAAGGACUGGAGUGUUCAUAACUCUGAGUAUUGUAUUGGAAAGAAUGAGAUACGAAGGUGUGGUAGAUAUCUUCCAGACCGUCAAAAUGUUAAGAACACAACGGCCGGCCAUGGUACAAACAGAGGAUCAAUACCAGUUCUGCUACCGAGCCGCACUAGAAUACCUGGGCAGCUUUGAUCACUAUGCAACGUAAAACAAACCCUGUCCCAUCCUGGAUUUUUAACUGUGGGCCCUUUAAGAUCCAGAGAGCCUCUUCUGAGCCAUACAGUGUGCUUGAGAAGUACUUUAUAACUCCUAACUAAAGACCAAUUAGUGGGAAAUAUUAAAAGGAAAAAAACCUAUUCCAGGUGGACCAACAAUUAACAGUUCAAUAAACCUUACCAGAACAUAAUAAAAGAAUCUUGACUGGUUGAGGCAUCUGAAGGAGUUCAUAUUAAAGACACCUCAAAGGAUUCAAUUUCAGUUGAAAUGAAAGGGAAGAAGAAAUUUCUGCAAAGAACCAUUCUCUUGUUCCAGGAUUGCAUGAUGGUGAACAGUGCCGAUUUUGAAGAGUACUGCAGUUCAGCGCAAGAUGCCUGCCGAAAGGGCCAGAACCUGGUUUUUCUAAAAGAAAAUGGAUUCUUUGCUUCAACAUCUCCCCUUCCUACCAUGUUGCUCAUGAAUAACUCUUGGGGGGCGGGAGGGGAAAGGGCGAAUGUUUCAAAAAAAAAAGUCCUUGAUUUAGUUUUUUAGUAUUGUAAAGAUACUGCUGACCUGUGCUUCAUUUUUAACUGUGUAAACUUUUUUCCUUUUUUUUAAACAAAGAUUUAUCAUUCAAUGAAGUGAAUUAAAAAAAGUUGCAUAACUGUUCAUUUUUUUGUUUCAGAAUUGUAGAUUUUUUUAUGCUGUAGAACUGUUACCUGUAAUAUCUUGCUGUAGAAAUGUUAAAUAAUUUUGAAAAUUUGCACAUUUUUGUGCAGCCCUAUAUUUAUCUCCAGGACCACAUUCUCAUUUAGGAAUUUCUUUUACAUUUUAAUUUUGUAAUGAAAUAUAACUCAGUUAAUCUGCAUACCGAUGUUUUAGUUUUGUUUUUCUUUUGGAAUCAACAGGGAAGCGCAAAGUAUAAAGCUGCUACUAACAUACACACACACACAUCUUUCUCUUUCUAUCUAUAAAUAUAUGUAUAUCUCUCUGUCUCUCUAUCCAUCUACAAUAAUAUGCGUAGAUAGAUAGACAGAAAUGCACAUAAGUAUAAAUGUAUAUAUUAUGUAUACACAUGUAUCAGUUCUUCCAUGACUUGGAUUUAUUGAAGCAGUAGGGGGGGGGGGGGGGAAUCCAAAAUGCUACAUUCAGUCUGUACAAUAUUUCUGAACAUCUUUGCAUUUCAAAAAUUUGUGUUUGAGGGUUUUUGCUUCUUCUUUUCUUUUCUUUAAAAAAAUUUUUACAGAGGAAAUGAGGAAUGCACAUCAGUGAUACUUGAAAUUCAGUCCUACAGAAAAAAGGGACAACAAUUUGUGUACACACACAUCACAAACAUGCAUACACACACAAACACUUAUAAUUUUAAAGCUUCCAGUGAAGUUUGGUAUUUGUAACACCUUAGUGCAAUAAUGAACCAUACUUAAUAUAGGAAGUGUGCAUGUGGGAAAGGUCAGUGCAUAUCCCCUUAGGAGGGGAGAAUGUUGUAAUAUAAUAGUUGUCAAAAUGUUUUAACAUGUAUCCGUAUACUUGUCUAUAGUACACAAUAGGACCUUUGCAUUGAUGAUGUAUAAUGGGGCAAAGCCAAACUCAUGUUGCUCUGUUAAUCAGAAAUAUUUCAUGAUAAACAGCAUUCAUUAGAGAUGCUGGGUUUUUUAUUUUUUUGCAUUUAGAGUGCCUUAUAUUUGAUGCCUAUUUUGAUAGCAUUUCUUCUAAUUUUGUUUUGCCUGUAUGUGCAUUGGUUGGAUCCAUAUUUCUCUGUUUACUCUCCUCGCUCCCUGCCCAACCUUCAAUUAAAGCAUUAUCUUUUCAGCACUUGUACAAAGAGGUCUUUAACAAUAUGCAUUCCUGGUGUUUCACUGAGUUCAGCGUAAAGAAAUGUUGAUCCAAAGCCGUUGGGUAGUCAGGGGCCCUUUAUCCGACCACAGUAUCCAGCAGCAGGAAAAGCUCCUCCAAGUAUGUUGUUCCUUCCAAACUGGCAUUCAUAUCCAUUGCAUUGCCAUGAUAAAAAGAUGAGAGAAUUCUCCUAACAGUUGUAGGAGUAGCAACUAGAAUGCCUUAUGAUUCACCCACUUGCACAUUAAUUUCUUUGGAGGCCAAAUCAUGGUCAUUUUACUCAAACAAGGAGGCCUCCUGAAAUGAACUAGGUCAGGCAAGUAGACAAAGGCAUUCAUUUAUAUUAGAUAAGAUUUUUUUCUUCUUAUGGGCAGCACAAGACAUUCUCUGAGAUGUUAUAGUAGAAGCCAUUUGCUCUUACCUUGGUCUGGGUUAAGCCUGGUACCACGUUAGAACACAAAUAUUGAAGGGACACUUUUAGAUGUGGUUUAAAAGGAUAUAGUUGUUUUAUCUUGACUUGGAUUUCUUUUUCCCAUGUUUUCCAUCACAAUCUGAAAAAAAUAUAUAGUAAAAGACCAAACACUAGAAAGCAUUCUAUUAGAGCACUUUUAUAUAGAAAAAAAAAUAAAAGCUCAAAAAUGGAAAAAAAUUAAACGUAUAUAUGUAAUAUAACUAAAAAGUAUUAUAGAAGGCUACCUCAGAAUGAGAUUCUCUAAUUUACAUCCGAAUCAGACAUGAAUGUGCACUGUAUGUUUCAUAUUUAAUUUGUUUCUGUUGAAAAAAAAAACACUUAGAAGUGCCAGAUUAAACAGCGAUCUCAUGCUUUUAGCCAAAAGUACAGCUGACAGGUGAAAAAUAACAUGCAACAUUUUUAGAAGCAUAGAGGGUAGGCA